AUGGCCACUGAUGAGAAAUCCUUGAUUAUAAGCAAAGAACGCAAUAAACUGAUUAAAAUUAUUCAAAAUGACCCAGAUGGUGUCUUGGAUGAUUCACUUGCCCACUCCAUCAUCACAGAUGAGGACUAUGACAAUAUGAACAGAAUAUCGGAUACAGAGGCCAAAAUUAGAAAAUUGUUAAUUCAAAUACAGAGCAAGGGGGAAUUGGCCUGUCAGCAAUUUCUGAACUGUUUAGAAAUCAUGUUUCCCGGCACAAAUCAGGAUUUGCAACAUUCUCAAUGGGGAUUAAAUCAGGAACCUCAGACUCUGCAAUCCCCAGAGCAGGGGGAGAAAGGUGGUUUUAAUCCACAGCUGGAAUUAGACAGUCAACAAACCAGAGAGCCGGAGGAGACACACCUUUUGAAAG